AAAGCUGGCUUUAGAUGAAGAUUUGGGAAGGCUGACACACCGCCAAUUUGUGAAAAAUCACACCACUUUAUCAUCAUCAGCACUAAAAGUCCAGCAGUCACUAAAUUCAUAAAUUCAGAGUGUAAAUUUUCCUAAGAAAUUGCUUGCCUGUUUUUGCUCAAACUUUGAUCUCCUUGCCUCUUCACCACGGUAACGUUGACAAGAGGAAGCAUCCAGGGGCGGAGGGGACGACUGGAGGGUCGAUAGGACGAAAAACUUCUCGUCGUCUCGUCGAGGUUUGAUACAACAAGACCAGGAUAAUCGAUGGAUGAGAGGUAUCAAAUUCUACUCCAGGCUAGUCAGUAAAGCGUGAGAAACAUCCGGUUGGUUGGUGGACAUCUGGAACCUGCGAUUCUUUAAAUAAGCUAUUGAUUCUUUUGACAAGGACUAAUUCAACCAUGGCAAAUACACCAACGGAGGAACUGGUGGAUAGUAUAACCUUGUACUGUAAGAAGCCAAUCCUUCUUCAUGGCUACGUCUGGCCAUUCGUUGGAUUGUAUGGAACUUGGGCUGCAGUAUGGGGAACUUAUUUGGACCCAGAAACAUCGUUUGAAGCUGGAAUGAUUGGAUUGGCUAUCAUAAUGGUCGUGCAAACCUUGGUUUAUUUAUGCUGCCACUGGUCAGUCCAUGUCUGCGCUUAUCUGACUUGCAGCCCGGAGGUGGACCCACUGAAAUCUCAUAUUGCAAAAGUUAUUCCUACUCCUACAAACGGUUCGGCGGAAUUCGUUAAAAUUCACCGGGCAAAGGAAGACGAGAAUUGGCUAGUUUGGCUUAUAUUCCAAGAGACGAAAUAUGAAUGGAACUUUGAGUCAAGCUGUUUCGAAGCUAUAGAGUACCCAACGCGCCAUUUGCUUGCAACCUAUUUACACCACAAGGGAUAUUCGGAGGACAUUCAUAUUUCCAAUGCAGCUAGAAAAUAUGGCGGAAAUAGAACCAUAAUGCGGAUUCCAACCUUUCAAGAAUUUUUCAUUGAACGAGCAACUGCCCCCUUCUUUGUUUUCCAGGUUUUUUGCGUUCUUCUCUGGUGUCUGGAUGAAUAUUGGAUGUACUCCGUCUUUACCCUGUUCAUGUUGAUUGUUUUUGAAUGCACUGUGGUUCAACAACAAUUGAGAAAUAUGUCAGAGAUUCGAAACAUGGGAAAUAAACCAUACAAAAUUCAAGUCUACAGGGGACGAAAAUGGAGACCAAUAUUGUCAGAUGAAAUUCUUCCCGGUGACAUUGUUUCUAUUACCCGAUCUCCAACUGAAGAAUUAAUUCCUUGUGACAUGCUACUUUUGCGAGGUCCAUGUAUUGUGGAUGAAAGUAUGCUCACGGGCGAGUCUGUUCCUCAAAUGAAAGAACCAAUCGAGUCAGAAUUUCCUGAUGGAAAUACAUCUGAAGAUCGCUACCUGGAUUUAGAUACGGAUGGAAAGCUGAGAAUACUGUUUGGCGGAACAAGAAUUGUCCAACAUACUCCACCGUCCAAAUCAUCCACUGCUUUGAGAGCUCCGGACAACGGUUGCAUAUGCUACGUGCUCAGAACUGGAUUCUCUACCUCUCAAGGAAAAUUGUUGCGGACAAUUAUGUAUGGCGUCAAGCGCGUGACUGCAAAUAAUUUGGAAACGUUUGCCUUCAUCGUGUUUUUGCUCAUCUUUGCAAUUGCUGCAGCAUCGUACGUUUGGAUUAAAGGAACUGAAGACCCAGAUAGAAACAGAUACAAGUUGUUCUUGGAAUGCACAUUAAUUUUGACAUCUGUCGUACCUCCUGAACUGCCAAUUGAACUGAGUCUCGCUGUUAAUUCUUCUGUUCUGUCACUAACAAGAUUGGGCGUAUUUUGCACAGAACCGUUUCGAAUCCCAUUUGCUGGAAAAGUUGAAAUCUGCUGUUUUGACAAGACAGGCACCUUGACAUCUGAUAAUCUGGUUAUUGAAGGGGUUGCUAUAAAGGGGGGUUCAAGUAAACCAGAACCUUCCAGUAACUUGGGACCGGAAGCACUCCAAACUCUUGCAGCCUGUCAUUCACUCGUUACACUAGAAGACGGGACGAUUGUAGGAGACCCAUUAGAGAAAGUUACACUAAAAUGGAUCGAGUGGGACAUUAACAAAGAUGUCGUCGUUCCAAAGAAAGCUGCAACAAUUAAAGGGUUUAAGAUAUUUCAUAGAUUCCAUUUCAGCUCAGCGUUAAAAAGAAUGUCGGUUGUGGCUGGAUACUCUGAAGGUCUUGAAACAGAAUAUUUUGCUGCUGUUAAAGGAGCGCCUGAGGUUAUGAAGACGAUGUUUGCUGAUCUGCCUAAAGACUAUGACGAUAUUUACCUUUCUUUUUCCCGACGUGGAGCUCGGGUACUUGCAUUGGGCCUUAAACGCCUUGGACGUCUCAGUACCCAGGAUAUUCGCCAACUUGGCAGAGACGAAAUAGAGUCAGAAUUAAAGUUUCAAGGAUUUCUAGUUGUAUCUUGCCCUCUGAAAGGAGAUUCUAAAGAAGUGAUCCACGAAAUUAUGCAUUCUUCGCACAAAGUGGUGAUGAUUACUGGUGAUAAUCCCUUGACGGCAUGUCAUGUAGCGAAACAAUUGAAAAUGGUCAGGAAAGAACACAUUCUCGUUUUGAAUUCGGAAACAUUACAUUGGGAAUCAAUAAAUUCUGCCAUCCAACUGCCCUUCCUGUCAACUGAUGACAAAGGUUUGGUUGAAAAAUAUGACCUAUGCGUCACAGGUGACGGAUUAAACCGACUAAUAACUAAUCCUGAAAAUGACUUUUUGGAUCGUUUGACGCGUUUUCUUCCGCACGUAAUUGUUUAUGCCAGAAUGGCACCAAAGCAAAAGGAAUGGGUUAUCAAUGCCAUCAAAUCUCACGGCUAUUGUACUUUAAUGUGUGGAGAUGGUACAAAUGAUGUUGGUGCUUUAAAACACGCUCAUGUAGGGGUCGCCAUUUUGUCUCAUUGCCCAGAAUGGGUUGAAAAACGCCAAAAGUUGCUUCAAGAGAUCACAGAAAGACAACAAAAUCAAAAUGGUGCUACUGAACCUGCAAGUAUUGCACCCACCACUGGCAACAGACCUCCUUCUGCACGUCCUUCAAGUCGUACAGUAAACCGAAGAUCUCCAGGCGUGGUUAACAACGCACAAGGACGAACAAGUGCCGUUGCAGGGCGUCCAGAAGUCGGGUUUGAUCGACAAUUGGCUAAGAUGUUGAAAGAGCUGGAAGAAGAAGAGAAAGGACAAGUCAUAAAAUUGGGCGAUGCUUCUAUUGCUGCUCCAUUUUCAUCGAAAAUGUCGUCCAUUGAGUGUAUAUUACAUGUAAUUAAGCAAGGACGGUGUACUUUAGUAACAACGCUUCAAAUGUUCAAAAUAUUGGCCUUGAACGCUCUCAUUCUUGCCUACAGUCAAUCCGUUUUAUAUUUGGAUGGAAUUAAGUUAAGCGAUUCGCAGGCUACAUUUCAUGGACUGUUGUUGGCAGCGUGUUUCUUUUUCAUUUCACACUCUAAGCCGAUGAAGAAUUUAUCGAAACGACGGCCUUUACCAAAUAUUUUCAACGCAUACACAUUGCUGACUGUUUUGCUGCAAUUCUGCAUUCAUUUCAUUGUGAUAGUAUUCCUUGUGCGACAAUCUCUCCAGUAUGCACCGGAAGACAGACCAGAAAAAGUAGAUCUAGAAAAGAAAUUUGAACCUACUUUACUAAAUUCAACCGUGUAUGUUAUUUCUCUGGCCUUGCAAAUAACAACAUUUUUUGUAAAUUAUCGAGGACACCCAUUUAUGCAAAGUAUUACGGAGAAUAAGCCAUUUUUCUAUAGCAUUCUUGUGGCAGCUGGGGCUGUUUUUGCAAUGGUCACACGCUGCUUGCCAGACUUGUGUGAUCAAUUUGAAGUGGUUCCUUUUCCAAGCGAGUUUCAGAGAACAAUGCUUAUGGCAUUUGCUGGAGACGUUGUAGGAGCUUUUGCUAUAGAUAGGAUAUGUAUGUGGUUAUUUGGUGAAGGUAAACUACGAAUUUAAAGUAAUUGUUCUAAAAAAUAAUCAUCUCAAUAGUUGUGUAAUACCGUAGUAUGUGCAUGUCUAAAUAAAAGUCUUACUGUUUGAUCGGCAAGUAUAGGAAAUUCAAUUAGGGUUAAAGAAAAAGUAUUAAAUUAGGUGCUAGCUACGGUAUAUACUAAAGUUCAAGAUUAUUUUAGAAAUGUACGAAUUAUUAGAGUUCACUCUCGUUGUUUUGUUAAUGUAAUUUUUUACAGUUUAUUUUAAGAUUCGGAUGUAUUAAAAAAUUGAAUACCGUUGAAGUCGUUGACAUGAAUGUCCUUCAAUCAAUUACGAUUAUGUAUUAUUGCUAGAUGAAUAAAAUGAAAUCCCCCAAUU